CCCGUGCUCUCCGAAACCUAGAAGGUAGAGCGUCUGGGCCAGUUCUCUGGGGUCUAACCGAGCGGGAUGGCUGAGGAAGGGGCUGUGGCGGUCUGCGUGCGGGUCCGGCCGCUCAACAACAGAGAAGAAGCUCUUGGAGGAGAUACCCAAGUUUACUGGAAAACUGACAAUAAUGCUAUUUAUCAAGUUGAUGGCAGUAAAUCCUUCAAUUUUGAUCGUGUCUUUCACAGUAAUGAAACUACUAAAAAUGUGUAUGAAGAAAUAGCAGUACCAAUCAUAGAUUCUGCCAUACAAGGCUACAAUGGUACCAUAUUUGCCUAUGGUCAGACUGCUUCAGGAAAAACAUAUACCAUGAUGGGUUCAGAAGAUUAUUUGGGAGUAAUACCCAGAGCAAUUCAUGACAUUUUCCAAAAAAUUAAAAAGUUUCCUGACAGGGAGUUUCUCUUACGUGUAUCCUACAUGGAGAUAUACAACGAAACCAUUACAGACUUACUCUGUGACACUCAGAAAAUGAAGCCUUUAAUAAUUCGGGAAGACUUCAAUAGGAAUGUGUAUGUGGCUGAUCUCACAGAAGAAGUUGUUUACACAUCAGAAAUGGCUUUGAAGUGGAUCACAAAAGGAGAAAAGAGCAGACAUUAUGGAAUUACAAAAAUGAAUCAAAGAAGCAGUCGCUCCCAUACCAUUUUUAGGAUGAUUUUGGAAAGUAGAGAGAAAGGGGAACCUUCCAAUUGUGAUGGAUCCGUCAAAGUGUCCCAUUUGAAUUUGGUUGACCUUGCAGGCAGUGAAAGAGCUGCUCAAACAGGCGCUGAAGGUGUGCGACUCAAGGAAGGCUGUAAUAUAAAUAGAAGUUUAUUUAUUUUGGGACAAGUGAUCAAGAAACUUAGUGAUGGACAAGUUGGUGGUUUCAUAAAUUAUCGAGAUAGUAAAUUAACACGAAUUCUCCAGAAUUCCUUGGGAGGAAAUGCAAAGACACGUAUUAUCUGCACAAUUACUCCAGUGUCUUUUGAUGAAACCCUUUCUACUCUACAGUUUGCCAGCACUGCCAAAUAUAUGAAGAAUACUCCUUAUGUUAAUGAGGUAUCAAGUGAUGAAGCUCUCCUGAAAAGAUAUAGAAAAGAAAUAAUGGAUCUUAAGAAACAGUUAGAGGAGGUUUCUUUAGAGACUCGGGCCCAGGCAAUGGAAAAAGACCAGUUGGCCCAACUUCUAGAAGAAAAAGAUUUGCUUCAAAAAGUACAGAUUGAGAAAAUUCAGAACUUAACACGGAUGCUGGUAACCUCUUCUUCCCUCACAUCACAACAGGAGUUAAAGGCUAAAAGAAAACGAAGAGUCACUUGGUGCCUUGGUAAAAUUAACAAAAUGAAAGACUCAAAUUAUAUAAAUGAAUUUAAUAUGUCAACAAAUGUAACAAAAACACGUAAGGCUGCUGUAAACGUAGUGGGGGAAAUUGAUGAAUCUUUCUGCUCAGAGUCUGAUAUUUUCAGUAAUACUUUUGAUACAUUAAAUGAGACAGAGUGGAAUCCAGCAACAAAGCUACUAAGUCAGGAAAACUUAGAAAGUGAGCUAAAUUCACUUCGUGCCAACUAUGAUAAUCUGGUAUUGGACUAUGAACAACUAAGACGAGAAAAUGAAGAAAUGGAAUUGAAAUUAAAAGAAAAGAAUGAUUUGGAUGAAUUUGAGGCCCUUGAAAGAAAAACAGAGAAAGAUCAGGAGAUGCAACUAAUUCAUGAAAUUUCCAACUUAAAGAAUUUAGUUAAGCAUGCAGAAGUGUAUAAUCAAGAUCUUGAGAAUGAACUAAGCUCAAAAGUAGAGCUGCUUAGAGAAAAGGAAGACCAGAUUAAGAAGCUACAGAAAUACAUAGACUCUCAGAAGUCAGAAGAUAUGAAAAUGGACUUGUCAUACUCAUCGGAAAUCACUGAAGACCUAAGACAAAUGAAACAGACUCUGCUUGAUGCUGAAACUGUAGCCCUUGAUGCCAAGAAAGAGUCAGCCUUUCUUAGAAGUGAAAAUCUGGAGCUGAAAGAGAAAAUGAAAGAACUUACAAGUACAUACAAGCAAAUGGAAAAUGAUAUUCAGUUAUGCCAAAGUCAACUGGAAGCAAAAAAGAAAAUGCAAGUUGAUCUGGAGAAAGAACUACAAUCAUCUUUUAAUGAAAUAACAAAACUCACCUCCCUUGUAGAUGGCAAAGUUCCAAAAGAUUUGCUCUGUAAUUUGGAACUGGAAAGAAAGAUUACUGACCUCCAGAAAGAACUGAAUAAAGAAGUUGAAGAAAAUGAAGCUUUGCAUAAGGAAGUUAAUUUGCUCUCAGCAUUGAAAUCUUUACCCUCAGAAGUAGAAAUGCUGAGGAAAGAGAUGCAUGAUAAAUCUGAAGAACUUUGUAUAAUGACAUCAGAAAGAGACAAAUUGUUUUCUGAAGUAGUUCAAAAGGAAAGUAGAAUUCAAGACUUACUUGAAGAAAUUGGGAAAACUAAAAAUGACCUAGCAACUACCCGGUUGAAUUAUGAAAGCACUGAUCAAGAAUUCCAAGAUUUUAAAAAUCAUCAUAUUGAAUUUGAGCAAAAGUAUAAGAUGGUCCUUGAUGAGAAUGCAAGAAUGAAUCAGGAAAUAGGAAAUCUCUCCAAACAAGCUCAAAAACUUGGUUUAAGUUUGGAUGCUUUGAACACAGAGCUUCCUCCCAAAUCUGAAGAACUUCAGCCGAAAACAACUGAGAGUCAAAAAAGUUCAAAUGAAGUGGAAGAGCUGAAGGAACAAUUAGAAAAUAGAGAUUUGAGGCUGCAAACUAUGGAAAAGGAAAAAACAAUGAUCGCUGAGCAACUUCAACAAACUUUAGCAGAAGUAAGAACCUUAACCCAAGAAAAGGAGGACCUAAAACAACUCCAGGAGAGCCUGAACAUUGAGAGGGACCAACUCAAAAGUGACAUUCAGGAUACUGUAAACAUGAAUAUAGAUACCCAAGAACAAUUAAGAAAUGCUCUUGAGUCUUUGAAACAACACCAAGAAACAAUUAACAUGCUAAAAAUGAAAAUUUCUGAAGAAACUUCCAGGAGUUUGCAUAUAGAGGAGAACCUAGGAGAAACUAAGGAUGAAUUCCAGGAAAAGGUGGUUGACACAAAUAAAAAACAGAAUUUGAAAGCUAAAAAUACUCAAGCACUGAUUGUGAGUGUUGAAGAUAAUGAGCUAACUGAGCAACAGAGAAAGAUGUUUUCUUUAAUACAGGAGAAAAAUGAACUGCAACAAAUGUUAGAGAGUAUUACAGCAGAAAAGGAACAAUUACAGACUGACCUAAGGGAAAAUAUUGAAAUGACUAUUGAAAACCAAGAAGAAUUAAGAAUUCUUAGAGAUGAACUUAAAAAGCAGCAAGAGCUUGUCGUACAAGAAAAGAACCACACCAUAAAGAAAGAGGAAGAGAUUUCUAGGACCUGUAAGAAAUUAGUAGAAGUUGAAGAAAAGCUAAAGGAAAAGAGCCAACAACUACAAGAAAAACAGGUACAACUUCUUAGUGUACAAGAAGAAAUGAAUGAGAUGCAGGAAAAGAUGAAUGAAAUGGAGAAUUUGAAGAAUGAAUUAAGAAACCAAGAAUUAACAUUGGAACGUAUAGAAAUGGAGAGGCUAGAGUUGGCUCAGAAGCUCCAUGAAAAUUAUGAGGAAAUGAAAUCCAUAACCAAAGAAAGAAAUGAUCUAAAGGAAUUACAAGAAUCAUUUGAAAUAGAGAGAGAAAAACUUAAAGGAUACAUAAGAGAAAUCGAAGCUACAGGUCUAGAAACAAAAGAAGAAUUAAAAAUUGCCCACGUACAUCUUAAAGAACAACAAGAAACUAUUGACGAGCUAAGAAAAAAUAUUUCUGAGAAGGCAGCUCAAAUAAUAAAUAUUCAGAAGCGUUUAGAAAAAUCCAAUACUGAAUUACAAGAAAAGAUCCCAGUGCUUCCUGGGGAGCAGGAGCUACUGCGUAAUGUAAAAGAAGUCAGUGAUACUCAGGGAACAAUGGAUGAAGUGGAGCUGUUGGAAAAGCAGUCCAAAACCAAGGAGUCAGUGACACCGGCGUGCACAGAAAUAGAAAGGAUCGAGUUGACUGUAAAACUUCCAGAAAGUCAUGAAGAAACAAAAUCUCUGACUGAGGAAAGAGACAACCUUCAAAUGAUAAAAGAAGCGGUUCAGGUUGGACAAGAUCAGCGGCAAGAAGACGUUAGAGAAACGUUGGCUAAAAUUCAGGAUCCUCAAGACAAACAAGAUCAGUCCUUCAAUGUGAAAGAAAAGGACAAGGAGGCUGAGGAAAUCCUGAGUGAGCAGGAGCUACCGCAAGAGCAGCUCGAAGCCGGAGAGGCGGCACUGCCACAAGCAGGCGUGGAAAGGCUCGAGAUAGCGGAGGGGCUGCGAGAAGUUCUUCAGUCUGAAACUCACCAACUCAAAGAAAACAUGCGAGAAAUGACAGCUAGGCACCUAGAAACCAAAGAGGAACUGAAAGUUGCUUGUUGUCACCUGAAAGAACAGGAGGAAACUAUUGAUAAGCUGAGAAUGAAUCUUUCCGAGAGGGAAACUGAACUCUCCAGCCUUCGAAAGGAAUUAGAAACAACUAAUAAUGAAUUACAGAAAAAGAUCCAAGAGCUUCAUGAGAAACAGGAACAAUUUAUUAGCACCAAAGAAAUCACUGAGAUGCAGGAAAAAAUGAGUGAACUGGAGCAAUUAAAGGAGCAACUCAAAGUCAAAGAUUCAUCAUUACAAAAUGUAGAAAGUGAGAGGCUCAAGUUGACUGAGAAACUUCAGGAAAGUCAAGAUAAAAUAAAAAUUAUAAUUAAGGAAAGAGAUGAACUGAAAAGGGUGCAGGAGAUUCUUCAGAUGGAGAGAGACCAACUCAAAGAAAACAUUAAAGAAGCUGUAGCUGAAAUUCCAGAACUUCAGGAAAAAGAACAUCAGCUUCUUAUGAUGAAAGCUGUCAGUGAGACUCAGGAAAAAAUAUGUGACGUGGAAUACUUCAAGAACAAGUUUGAGGCCCAAAAAUCAAUUCUGGAAAAUACAGAAAUGGAGAAUGUAAGGUUAACUCAGAGACUUCAUGAAAACCUUGAAGAAAUGAGAUCUGUUAUCAAAGAAAGAGAUGAUCUUAGGAAUAUAGAGGAGACUCUCAAAGUAGAGAGAGACCAGCUCGAGGAAAACUUGAGAGAAACUGUAAUUAGAGAGCUGGAAAAACAAGAGGAACUAAGAAUUGCUUAUAUGCAUGUGAAAGAGCACCAGGAAACUAUUGAUAAACUCAAGGGCCUUGUUUCUGAGAAGACAGGUGAAAUAUCAAAUAUGCAAGUGGAUUUAGAAAACUCAAAUGCUGCCUUAAAAGCACAGGACCUGGAAAAACAAGAGGAACUAAGAAUCGCUUACAUGCAUCUGAAACAGCACCAGGAAACUAUUGAUAAGCUCAGAGGCCUUGUUUCUGAGAAGACAGAUGAAAUAUCAAAUAUGCAGUUGGAUUUAGAAAAUUCACAUGCCAAAUUACAAGAAAAGAUUCAACAACUUAAGGCAAAUGAACAUCAACUUUUUAAGUUAAAAGAAGAUGUCAGUGAAUCACAGAAAAAAAUGUCUGAAAUGGAGCGAUUGAAGAAACAAUUUAAGACCCAAAGUUUAACUCUGGAUAAAAUAGAAAUGGAGAACUUAAAUUUGGCUCAGAAGCUUCACGAAAACCUUGAAGAAAUGAAAUCUGUAAUAAAAGAAAGAGAUAAUCUGAAAUUGGAGAGAGACCAGCUCCAGGCAAACCUACAGGAAACAAUAAGUAGAGAUUUGGAGACACAACAAAAACUAAAAAUUGCUCAUAUGCAUUUGAAGGAACACCAAGAAACUAUUGAUAAAUUCAGAGAAAGAGUUUCAGAAAAGACAACUCAGAUUUCAAAUAUUCAAAAGGAUUUAAAUAAAUCUAAAGAUGAGUUACAGAAAAAGAUACAAGAACUUCAGAAAAAAGAGCUUCAACUUCUUAAAAUGAAAGAAGAUGUCAAUAAAACUCAUAAAAUUAUAAACAAACUGGAACAUUUGAAGCAGCAAUUUGAGGCCCAAAAUUUAUCUAUGCAAAGUGUGGAAAUGGAUAACUUAUACUUGACUAAGAAACUUCAUAAAAGCCUUGAAGAAAUAAGAAUUUUAGCUAAGGAAAGAGAUGAGCUAAGGAAGAUAAAAGAGUCUCUCAAAAUGGAAAGAGACCAAUUCAGAGAAAUCUUAAGAGAAAUGAUAGCUAGAGACCAACAGAACCAUAAAGAGCUAGUAAAAUAUGAAAAACAGUUACAAUGUAAUGAAAAACACUACCUCACAGAAAGCCUGAGAGAAAAGUGCUCUAGGAUAAAAGAGCUUCUGAAGAGAUACUCAGAGAUGUAUAAUCAUUAUGAGUGCUUAAAUAGACUAUCCCUUGACUUGGAGAAAGAAGUUGAAACCCAAAAAGAGCUUUCAGCUAGAGUAAAAGCAAACCUCUCACUUCCAUAUCCACAAAUCAAACAAAUUCAAAAACUUCUCACCGCAAACCAAAGAUGUUCAAUGGAAUUCCACAGAGUCAUGAAGAAACUUCAGUAUGUGUUAAGCCAUGUUACAAAGAUAAAGGAAGAACAACAUGAAUCCAUCAAUAAUUUUGAAGAGGUUUUUAUUGAUGAAAUGGAAAAGCAAAAUGAAUUGCUAAUUAAAAUACAGCAGCUUCAACAAGAUUAUGAUGUACCAUCCAGAGAAUUAACGGACCUCAAGUUGAGCCAGAAUAUGGAUUUACAUAUUGAGGAAAUUCUCAAAGAUCUUUCAGAAAAUGACUUCCACUGCAUAAAGACUAAAUUUCAGCAAGUGCUGAGUAAUAGGAAAGAAAUGACCCAGUUUUUGGAAGAAUGGUUGAAUACUCAUUUUGAUAUAGAAAAGCUUAAAAAUGGCAUCCAGAAAGAAAAUGAUAAGAUUUGUCAAGUGAAUAACUUCUAUAAUAAUAAAAUAAUUGCUAUAAUGAAUGAAUCUACAGAGUUUGAGGAAAGAAAUGCUGCUAUAGCCAGAGAAUGGGAACAUGACCUGAAAUCAGUGAAAGAGAAAAAUGAACAACUAUUCAAAAACUACCAAACUUUGAAGAUGUCUCUACCAUCUGGUAUCCUUGUUCAUUCUGCUACAGAGGACAAUAAGCAUCUUCAUGUUACAGCAAGAGCCACACAACUAACUGCAGAGAAAAUUCAGGAGCUGGAAACUUCACUGCGUGAAGCUAAGGAAAGUGCUAAGUACAAGGAAAGCAAGAUUAUAAAGAUGCAGAAAGAACUUGAGAUGACUAAUGACAAAGUAGUGAAACUUCAAGCACAAGUUAAUGAAUCAAAUAAAUGCCUUGAAAAAACAAAAGAAAUGAUCCAAGUACUUCAGGACAAAGUUGCUUUAGGAGCUAAGCCCUAUAAAGAAGAAAUUGAAGAUCUCAAAACGAAGCUGGUGAAAAUAGACCUAGAGAAGAUGAAAAAUGCUAAAGAGUUUGAAAAAGAAAUUACUUCUACAAAAGCCACUGUAGAAUAUCAAAAAGAAGUUAUAAGGGUAUUGAGAGAAAAUCUGAGAAGAAAUCAACAAGCCCAAGAUAUCUCAAUUGUGUCAGAAUGUACGGACUCUCAGCCUUCAAAUAAACCCUUAACUUGUGGAGGUGGUAGUGGCAUCGUACAGAGCACAAAAGCUCUUAUUUUAAAAAGCGAAUAUAUACGGCUAGAAAAAGAAGUCUCAAAGUUAAAGCAGCAAAACGAACAGCUAAUAAAGCAAAAGAAUGAACUAUUAAGCAAUAAUCAUCAUCUUUCCAAUGAGGUCAAAACAUGGAAGGAGAGAAUCCUUAAGAGAGAGACUCAAAGAGAAGUUAGUUGUGAGAAUUCUCCACAGUCUCCUAAAGUGACUAGAACACCUUCCAAAAAGAGGCCAUAUACACCUUCUCAAUGCAAGGAACGGAAUUUACAAGAUCCUGUGCCAAGGGAAUCACCAAAGUCUUGGUUUUUUGACAGCCGAUCGAAAUCUUUACCAACGCCUCAUCCAGUUCGCUAUUUUGAUAACUCCGGUUUAGGCCUUUGCCCAGAAGAACAAACUGCUGGAGCAGAGAGUGUGGGUCCUCAGUCAGCUCCGUGGCACACCUCCUCAGGAAAAGAUGCACCCGAGUGCAGGACACAGUAGACUCCUUUCCUGUUGCUUUUCUGGAGCCCCAGCAUUCCCUGCUUGGACUUGACUGUUUAUUCCUUCAUGUGCCUGUCCUUGGCAAUGUUAUCACAGCCCAACUUAAUCUCAAUUCAGUUUUCUUUUUGCCACUUGAAAUCGAAGAUGAAGGAAUAGAGAUUAAUGCCUUCCAGUAAUUUAGAAUGGUGAUGGCAAUAUCUUCUUGAAUGUGGUAAUACUUCAGAAGUUGAAUUGUUUUAUUUAUUUAUAUAUUUUGUAAAGAAUAAAAUUAUUGAAGGAAUGUUCCAGUCUUUCCAUGUAUGCAUAAAAUGUAUUCAUUUUUAUUAAUGUAAUGUUAUCCACAUAUGACUUAGAUAAUUCCAAGGCAUGAUGCAUACAUUAAAGUGUCAUUUAAUUAACAGAA